GACUAAAGUUUAGGGCUUACUUGGUAUUAUGCCAAAAAGAAAACAUCAUCUAAACCCUAGUCAACAGCCAGAAACAAACGCGCAAAACCUCGAGCAAAUCCUAAGCUGCAAAGAUGAGACCCUUAGACGAGAAAGAAACAACUGCCGUAUUCGAAAAGCUCUUCAAAUUCACAGGCAACAACUUGAAGAACAUAGUGGAAAACCCAUCUCACGAAGGCCCGGACAAAACCCCAGGGCGCUACUGCUUCAGGCUCCACAAGAACAAAGUCUACUAUGUCAGUGACUCCCUGGUAAAACGAGCCACCAACGUAGCCAGACCCAAGCUGGCUUCCAUAGGGACCUGCAUAGGCAGAUUUACCCAUGGAGGCAACUUCCAUUUAACUAUCGAAUGCUUAAACCUGUUGGCUGCAAAUGCAAAGCACAAGGUUUGGCUAAAACCCACCUCGGAAAUGUCGUUUUUGUAUGCAAAUCAUGUUUUGAAAGGUGGGUUAGGGAGGAUAACGGAGAGUAUUGCACCUGGUGAUGGAGUUGUGAUUUUUUCCAUGUCGGAUUUGCCUUUAGGGUUUGGGAUUGCAGCCAAGAGUACCCAAGAUUGUAGGAAAUUGGAUCCUAAUGCAAUUGUUGUGCUUCAUCAAGCUGAUAUUGGCGAGUAUUUGAGGAUGGAGAAUCAGAACGAGCAGCUAAUUGAAGAGUAAAUCGGUUACUUUUAUAUGUCUAGUUCUCAAUUUUGGAUUUUGAGGUUGAGUUUUGUUGCAACUUUGGUUGAAUUUGUACUUUGGUUUUUCCUAUUAUAAGUAUUUGCAGCAUCUUAUGUUACUACAAUCUUUUAGUGCAAAUAUUUUAUUGAUGCUUACCAUUGCAAUAGCAUAUUCAUUUGUAUUAAUCUGAAUAAAUGAGUCAUAGAAGGUAAUAUUUUUAUCAUUUCUAUUGCAAUGUAUAUGUUAAUAUGUGUUCUCUGAAAAUAUGAAAGAUUUAAGCAUGGAUU